UUCACAUACAUACAUACAAACUCAUCUACCUUUCAAAAAAAAAAAACAUACAAACUCAUCUCUUCCUAAAUUCAACUAAUUGUUUCUCCAAAUAUUCCCAUGAAGUUCUAAAAUUACCAAUGAAUUUCCAUACAACAAUGAGCUCCGGACAACAACAACAACAACAGCAACAAACGGUCAAACUCGACGACGAACAGCUAACCGAACUCCGCGAAAUCUUCAGAUCAUUCGACCGAAACAACGACGGCAGCCUCACGCAACUCGAACUGGGUUCGUUGUUACGAUCGUUAGGCCUUACACCGAGCCCUGAUCAGCUGGAUGCAUUGAUACAGAAAGCGGAUACUAAUAGUAAUGGUUUUGUGGAGUUUUCGGAGUUUGUGGCGCUUGUGGCGCCCGAGCUUCUGCCUGCGAAGUCGCCUUAUACGGAUGAUCAGUUGAAGCAGUUGUUUAAGAUGUUUGAUAGGGAUGGGAAUGGGUUUAUUACUGCGGCUGAGUUGGCGCAUUCCAUGGCGAAGCUGGGACACGCGUUGACCGCUGAGGAGUUGACGGGGAUGAUCAAGGAGGCGGAUACGGAUGGGGAUGGUCGGAUUAAUUUUCAGGAGUUUUCGAGGGCGAUUACUUCGGCUGCUUUUGAUAAUUCUUUUGCUUGAAGGAGGAUGAUGUUUAUAGGUGAUUGAAAAUGAAGUUGCAUCUCCCCACCUGAGUCUGUGUGAUUUAAGGCCUGUUGUUGAGGGCCUUGUGGCAAAGAUGAUAGAUAUGGUGAUGUUGAAGAUGUUGAAAAUAAACACCCUUCUGGAACCAAAUGACUAUAGACAAUGAAGCUUUGUUUUUUUUUUUUUUUUUUUUUUUUCUGAUUUUGGAUUACCUGCUUGUUUGGAGAUAGAAAACUCGUAUUACUAUUAUUAUCCUAAUUUUGUAGUUAUUUUGAUUGAAGGUGUUGAGAUGCUUUCUUGUUUAUAAGAUUUGAUCAUGAGAUACUGGUUUUGUCA